GUGGGGAUUAAUGUUGUUGGGAUGGGUGAAGGAAUAGGAAUAAAAUCGAUCCAUCGAUUUGACUGAUUGAUUGAUAGCAUUACCAUCAAUAGCUCCAAUAGCCACACAAAAGUUAUACCUUCCCAAGAAAACAAGACUCUCCCUUUAACCACAGCCGCCCAUUCCCCCGCAAUCACAUUCAUAAAUAGUAUCUCAUAGCUCCGCUUGCUCUCUGCCCAACCCACCCACUACCCGUUUGUUGUUUUGCCCCAUUGAGAUAGCAACAGAGAAAACAGUCAGAGAGAGGUCCUUUGGGGUUCGUUGAAUUCUUGUGGACUCGGGGAGCUGUAAAAGAUUGGAAUUUGGCCCCUGACUCCACAGUUCCUGAUCCCUCUCUCCCCCUCAACGUCAAAACAACCAACGCCCAAAUCCUGUUUCAAUCUGUUGGUUGCCUUGUCUUUUAAGGGGUGUGCAGUGUUGGGGGCAGAUCUUUCGGUGGGGGGAAAGAUCUCUGGCCCUCUUCCGAUUCAGCCCCAACUACUCAGAUCUGCCUCCUAUAUGUUUGUCUUGUCUAGGUGCUUUUGUGCAAAGAAAGAUCCUUAAUUUCAGAAUAUUUUGGGGGAUUUGGGUCUCUGUAUCUGGACUUUCGAGCAUCUUUUCCUUGGAUUUUUCAUGUAUGGACUGCCCCUGUAUGAAAUCUGGGUACCCCACUUCUUAGCAGCCUACUUUGCAUUAUUCAUCCAAAGAAGACAAAUUCUUUCCCCUUCAUUGUAGUUCCUCCAGUUUGCCUUUCCAAGUUUUUGGAUGACAGCUGUUGAGGAUUUGUGUACGAUUGCCUACUUUAUUGGAAGCCAACUCUAACUGCUACAGGAAAGAAAGAAGAAGAAGAAGAAGAAUAAGAAUAAGAGGAAAGAUCUUCUUGUUAGCUUCUCUCGGCUGUGGAUUGGCUAAGGUAGCUUCCCAGAAAGUUUGUCCCUUUGAGGUGUCCCCAAUUAACAUAACAUUCAUUUGUUCUGAUUAGACCUCUUCACCUAGGAGGCCCACUGGCAGGGUUAGGUGGGCUUCAUCGGGCUUAUGUAAGAACCCAUCAUUUUAUUUUUCCUCUUUGUGGAGAGAUCCAGCUUCGCCAUUUUUUUCUUUAAGAGGAGCAGGCGGAAGGGAGGCGCAUAGGCAAAGAGAAAAUAACUCAGUUAAACCUCUUUCUCUCUCUCUCUCUCCCCCUCCAUUGCUUUUCCACUAUUGUUUCCUCUUGUCAUCCUUUGCCUUAUCAUUUAUGCCAAACUUGAGCUUGACCCACAAGAGAGCUCACCUUUUCUGAUGCUACUUUACUUCUUCUUCACUUGCCUUUCCUUCAUCCUCUUUUUAAAAUCCCUCCCUCUCAAGUCCCUACCCUCAUGGGCAAGUGAGAUAACACUUGUUUCUCUCUGGUGUUUGAAGGACUUGUCCAUGCUUCCCUUCUCAAAGUUAGUAAAUUUUGGCGUCUCUGGGAGUCACAUGUGUCAAAUACCCUCUAAGAUGUCCCUAAAGAAGGCAUGCCUCGGUCCCAAAGUAGAAAAUAUGGAGGACACUAAUGAGGAGAUGUCAGUGUUGGACUUGCCUGAAUUGGCCUUGGAAUGCAUCCUUGAGAGGCUGCCACCGGGGGGACUUUUUAGCAUGGCCAGUGUGUGCAGUUCUCUGAGGAAGAGGUGUGUGAGUGACUACCUUUGGGAAAGGCACAUGAAGCAGAAAUGGGGCAGGGUUAUUGGCCCAGCAGCUUAUAGGGAGUGGAAGUGGUUCAUUGCUACAAGAAGGGAUUAUGGAGGUCCUAAGCAGGGGAAGCAGAAGUGGUGGAUGAAGCUUCUGACUGCCCUGCCUUUCUCAUGGAUCAGGUCCAGGCUUGAUAACAGUGACAGGCAGAGGAUUUCGCAGCCCACUGAUUCAAUCAUGUCUUGGUACCUUGCCCUUGAGACUGGAAAGUUCUGGUUCCCUGCUCAGGUCUAUAACCGCGAGAAUGGGCACAUCGGAUUUAUGCUGUCAUGCUACGAUGCAGAGCUCAGCUAUGAUUCUCGAACUGACACCUUCCAGGCCAGGUAUCCACCACAUGGAAGGAGAGCAGUUGCAAUAGAAACUGGCGUGACAUGGGAUAGACUACGGGCGCCUCCAGUCGAUACUACUCCUCACGAUCUUCAUAUGUCUGACUGCUUGAGUGACUUGCGGCCUGGUGAUCACAUUGAGAUACAGUGGAGAAGAAACAAAGAAUUCCCUUAUGGAUGGUGGUAUGGCGUUGUCGGCCACUUGGAAUCAUGUGAUGGGAAUGAGAAUUACUGUCGAUGUCACAGCAGUGAUACAGUGGUACUCCAGUUCAAUCAAUAUGCCCCGGGUUCUCGGUGGAGGCACACGACGGUUGAUAGGAGAAACCACAGGGAGGAAGGGAAUGAAGCGGACGGGUUCUAUGGAGGAAUCAGAAAGCUCGACAGCAAGGCCGAGAUUUCCACCUGGAAGCGGCUCUGGCCUGCUGAAGUCUUGGAAUAAAGUCAGGAUUAACAUCCCAUGACUGAAUGAUCAACUUCCCUAUUCUUACCGACCCGGAUUCUCCGUGUGCAGUUCCAAAUCAUGCCCGUGAAGAUAGAUCCAGACGGGCUAAAUGCUGAAGCAACCAUUUUCUUUAUUUUACUCGAUGUUCUUUUUUUCUGUUUUUUAUGGGAGAAUAUCAUUGAUCCGGUCCGAUCUGUGCAAUCGCCUCCCAUUGAUAGCCGGGAUUGCCUGCCGUGCCGCGUUCAGGAUAGGAAGGAGGUAUAUGAAAAGCAGGCAGGAUUAGUUGGUUGCCAUACGAACAGUGUCUUGGCUCUGUAUGUAUACAGUUGUAAUUGUCUCAUUUAUAUUUUUCUUUGGGUCAACGAAGCCAUUAGAUAUGAAUUAGGCGAGGAGGGUGAAGGUGAAGCCUCUCUUAGUCUAAUAGCUUGCAAAUAAAUGUCAGAAAUUAUUAUUUAGUAUUUCAAUAAAAUAUUAUGUUUUUACUGAUUA